AGUAUAUAUAUAAUGAAUAAUUUGGAUUCUUGUCGUGUUAAAGAGUUUCAAUAGAAAAAAAGAAAUCGAUGAGAAAGAAAAAAGAAUCGAGAGGAGAUAAAAUGGAGAAGAACAUGUCGAUGAUAUAUAAGAAGAAACUAACGGUGCUGAUCGUUGACGAUGAUCAAUCUCGCCGUACACUCCACUUGGGAAUCAUUCAAAUGGCUGGAGCAUUUGCUUACAUGGCUAGAAACGCCGAGGAGGCGGUGAACCUCCACCGUAAUGGCGACUCUUUCAACCUCAUUAUCAUUGAUAAUCAAUGGAGUUCCCCUAAUCAAGAUGCUACGAGACAUGAAGGUGACGUCAAUGAUCGUGGGGAUGACGUCGCGUGA